AUGGUUAAAAAUUGUGCUGUGGUGAAUUGUAAAAACAGUAAAAAUAAUAAAAAAUGUAAAAAAGAUUUACAACAGGAUAAAAACUCCUUAUUUAAGCUGCCAAAAGACCCUGAUAUUGUUAGACAAUGGAGUCAAAUUUUGGGACAAGAUUUAGUGUUAGAUUCGAAAAUUGACAUUUUUAUUUGUGAUUUGCAUUUUGAAGAAGAAUAUAUUCUUCGGAAAGAUAUUAUUAUUAUUCCUAAUCAAGAACCGUUUGUGUCUGAACGAAAGAAAAUAAUACUCAAACCUGGUGCCAUCCCAACAUUACAUAAAAAUAUUAACUCAACAAUACCUGUUACAAAUAUUUCUGUAAAUGCCAAUACAAACGAAAAUGAUAUAUUACAUUCAAGUCAAAUAUUGCAUGAUUAUGAAUGCAUAGAAGUCAAUGAGGUUUUUGAUGACAAUUCAGUUGAACCUAAUAAUAUUGGACAAACUAGCCACAAUGAUCCCGAGUUAACUGCAAUCAAUUCAGAAUUUUCAAUUCAAGAAUUGAUAAAGAAUUUAGAAAUAUGUAAGUUACCAAAAAAAUGGAGCUGGGUUGAUGACCAUCUCGAUUUACCGGCAGUAAUUCUUUGUUGCUUGGAUUACAUAUCGUAUGAUGUAAAGAUUCGUGUAAAAAUCAAUAAGACUCUUAAUAUACUUGUAACUAAUGUUAAACUUAAUAAAUCAACAAAUAGUGAUUAUAUACUUAGUAGUAUGGAAAGCUUUUGGACAUUUUUAAAAGAUUUGGAGACUUCUCAAAUGUGUAGCGGCACAGGAUUUGAUAGUCAGAAGUCAUCAGAAACAUGCAUAGUAUUUUUGAAAGCUGAUCAACAAUAUAAAAAACAGGCGGGAAUAUAUAGAUGUGAUGCAUGUAAACAAGUAAGAAAAAAAUUGCAUAAUCAAUUGUACCGACCUAAACUAGAGGUCCAUGAUUGUAACAAAAAACUCAAGCUUAAGCUAAAUUCAGUCAAGAAAAAGUGUAGUCGUCUCAGUAAUAAAAAUGCCACUUUGAAACAAACUAUCGAGGAAGAAAGACAAAAGUGUGCUAACGCAUCUAAAACAGUUAUAGAGAAAGAAAUUCUUAAUCUACCGCCUAUCCAACAAGAGAACGUUAGAGCGUGUUUUGCAGCAGCUAAACUCCAAAAUUCAAAACAAAGAAGAUAUACAGUCGAGUGGGUAUAUGAGUGUCUUUUAAUCAGAAUAAAAAGUGCUGCUGUUUACGAACGGCUGAGAUCUAGACAAAUUUUACCCCUUCCUUGCAAGGAUACCCUUCAAAAAUAUAUCCAAAAAUUAGAUAGCGCAUUCGGUUUUUCGGAAGCUCUUUUUGAAACCCUUAAAUUGAAAGGUUCUCGAAUGGAAGUAAAUACGAAGAGGGGUACUUUGCUACUCGAUGAAGUUGCGUUAAGCGAAACUAUUAAAUUGAAUCAACGAACUAUGAAGCUUGACGGUUUCGUUGAUUUAGGAUCUUACACGCCGGAAGCGGAUUUAAAUACUAGAGCUGAUCAUGCUCUAGUAUUUAUGUUUCAACCCUUUCAGGGGGAUUGGGUGCAGGUCAUAGGUUGUUUCCUGAGUCGCAGUGCAACCGUCAGCGAAAUAUUACACAAAUUAAUAAUAGAGUGCAUAUUAUUAUUGGAAAACGCAGGAUUUCAAGUUGACGCUGUAACCUGUGAUGGAGCCCAGUGGAACCGUGGCGCGUGGAAGUUAUUCGGAAUUGAGGACUAUAAAUUUAGCUGCGAACAUCCAUAUGAUUAUAGUAGACGUUUAUGGUUCCUAUCCGAUUUUUCGCACUUGCUAAAAAAUUUUAGAAAUAAGAUUAUGGAAGUGCCAUCAUUUUGGACUCCGGAUGGUUAUGUAUACCGCAAACACUGGGAAGCUCUUUUAGCUUAUGAAAAUAGCUUCAAAGCUAAUUUAUCAGUAACCUACAAACUAACACCUGGUCACAUCAAGCCUGAACAGUACCAGAAAAUGAAUGUGCUUUUGGCUGUAGAGUUAUUUGCAAAACGAUUAAGAGUGGCUAUGGAGAUAUACGAAAGCGAAUGUUCUGAGUUAAAAGGUUGUAAAUCUACGAUAGCAUUCAUGGAAAGAGUUGAUCGUUUGAUAACGGCUAUGACUUCACGAAUUCCAGAGCAUGCUUUACGCCCUGACGUUUCAUGUAAAAUGAGACAGGCUAUCACUGAUUUCAUCGAAUAUUUACGUGAGUGGGAAGAAAAAUCAAAGGAAGAAAAACAGAAAUAUAAAGAACUGAAAAAACAUUUAGAUGAAGACCAACUACCGGGCAAAUUUUUUUUUGCUAUAACUGCAAGCACAUUAGCUGGGUUCAAAAUCUCACUUGGAGCUACUUUAGAACUUGCUGAUUUCUUACAUACUCAAUGUAACUAUGAUUAUCUGAUGACAAUACGUCUUACUCAGGAUGCCUUAGAGAAACUUUUUGGGAUCAUGAGAAACGCCUGUGGAUGUAACGAUCACCCAGACGUAAUAUUGUUUGGCCAAGUAUAUCGUUUACUUUGUUCAUAUUCUUUAGCGACUCCACCUAGAGGAUCUAAUGUAACUGCUGGCGAACUGUUGCAAUCUUUGAUGCAAACCAAAGACUCUUUGGCAUUAGCUUCUGUUCCUAAAAAUGAAUGGCUCCAAAAACUUGACGCGAUUGUUGAGAAAGGCAUUUGUGGCGAAGUUUCUGAAGAACCAAACAGCAAUGGUAUUAUUGAUAAUGAAAUUUCUUCUCCAAAUCUACUUCAUGAUGCGGGCUUGUUGGAUGAAGAACUGAAUAAUCACGAUAUAUCAUCUAAUAAUUACACAGAUACAACUAAUAUAGAUGAAAAAGUAACUGGUCUAGGUGAUAAAGAGUUUUGUCGAAAGCCGUUUGAAAGUUUGGUCGAUGAAAGUGACAGCGACGAUGAUGAUACAUAUCAAUGCCAAGAUCCUUAUCUCGAUCAUGAUUACGACAUAAUGAAAACUAGCGACGAAGUGGUUGCAUAUAUUGCUGGAUACAUGGUUAGAAAAACUAGCCGCUAUACCAAGUGCUUCACAUGUGUAGACACUUUACAAUCUACUAAUAAAGCUUCAAGUGGCCGAGAUAGGUUUAUUGAGCUGAUGAGUGAAGGUGCUUUAAUCUAUCCAAGUGAAAACUUAUUUUUAUUAAUUAAAACUCUUGAAGAAGAUGUGUUAAAAGUUGCAGGAACCAAAACUAUUAAAUGCAAUACAAUGCAUCAAAUCCUUGAUCAAAUAGCUUUACGCGAUGCGCUUCCCAAAGUUGGUUGCCCUGAUCACACUAAGCAAUUAACGAUAAAGGUCAUUAAUUAUUUUAUUGUCAUGCGAGGUCAUUUUCUUACUAAAUUAUUUAACAAAAACAUGAGCCAACGAAGAGCUCUCACUAGAAAGCACCGAAAAUCCGCGAAGUUAACGUGA